CACACGCGCUGCAGACAAUCCUACCAGAGGACAGGAAGCCAAACUAUGAAGCUUUAGUGCAUUUUGUAACAGCCACCUGAUGUUUUUAGCAUUUCGCUCCGUGUUUUCAACUCAACUCUGACUUUAAAAGGAGUCGCUUUUUGCACACUAAGUGUCCAUGUGGAUAAGAGAAAAAAAAAGUUUUCUGCCACGUUUUAAAAGCAUAACGGAUCGAUCCAUUUUGUUUUUAUUUUUCAUUUAUAUUAUAUUUGCUGUCAGGACGGCGGGACUUGUGUAGAAAGUUAGUUUCCUGAACUUUUUUCUUCUUCUUCUUCUUCUUCUUCGGGGCAGUUUGCAGAGAGAAGAAUGCUGCCCCAGCUCCUCACUCUGGCCUGCUGCUUUGGUUUUACCUCAGUCACUGCUAAUGUACUAAAAGCUGAGGGUUGGCUGCAGCAGUAUGGCUACCUGCCUCCAGGUGACGUCAGAGCUCAAGCCAUCCGUUCACCAAAGUCCAUUGAAACAGCGAUAUCAGCCAUGCAGAGGUUUUACGGUUUGACUGUCACCGGCUCCAUAGACGCCAACACGUUAGAGGCGAUGAGCCGGCCGCGAUGUGGCGUCCCAGACAAGUUCGGCCCGCAGCUGAAAACCAACCUGAGGAGGAAGAGAUACGCCGUGCAGGGUCUGAAGUGGGACAAGUCUGAGGUGACCUUCAGCAUACAGAACUACACCCCUAAGAUCGGAGAACAAGCCACAUAUGAAGCCAUCCGAAAAGCCUUCAAGGUGUGGGAGACCGCGAUCCCGCUCACCUUCAGGGAGAUCCCCUACAGCCACAUCAGAGAUAAGGUCGACAAGUUCGCGGACAUCAUGCUGUCGUUCUCAGAGGGUUUCCACGGCGACAGCACGCCUUUCGAUGGCGAGGGCGGCUUCCUGGCUCACGCUUACUUCCCCGGACACGGCAUCGGCGGAGACACACACUUUGACCUCGCUGAGCCCUGGACCACCGGGAAAACAGACCAGGGGGGUAAUGAUGUUUUCCUGGUGGCCGUCCAUGAGCUGGGUCAUGCUCUGGGUCUGGAGCACUCCAACGACCCCUCGGCCAUCAUGGCCCCAUUCUACCAGUGGUUUGAAACUGAAAACUUCCAGCUCCCAGACGACGACCGCAGAGGCAUCCAGGCGGUCUACGGAACCAAGUCUGGGGCUCCCCCUCCUCCUCCUAAACCUCGACCCACGAAGCCGUCCACCCCCGAAAACGGCCCCGACAUCUGUGAGGGACACUUUGACACCAUCGCUAUCCUCAGAGGGGAAAAGUUUGUAUUUAAGGACAAGUGGUUUUGGCGUGUGCGUAACAACAAGGUGUUGCCAGGUUACCCGAUGGCCAUCAGUCACUUCUGGAAGGGCCUGCCAUCAAACAUCAACGCCGCCUACGAGAGGGAUGAUGGGAAAUUUGUCUUCUUCAAGGGUGACAGGUACUGGGAGUUCAGUGAGAACAGCAUGGACAAGGGUUCCCCCAAGAGCCUGAAAGACCUGGGCACCGGUCUACCCAAAGAUAAGCUCGACGCCGCUCUCUUCUACACGCCGACGGGACAGACGUACUUCUUCAGAGGCACUAAGUACUACCGUUUCAACGAGAAGACUCGCACCGUGGACAGCGGCUAUCCGAAGCCCAUCAGCAUGUGGAGCGGUGCGCCGGACAACAUCAAAGCUGCCAUCAUGAGUGAAGACGGAUCUUACACUUACUUCUACAAAGCCAACAAGUACUGGAAAUUCAACAACCAGUACAUGAAGGUGGAGUCCGGCUACCCCAAGUCGGUGCUCAGUGACUGGAUGGGCUGCGAAGGCGAGGAGCCCAAGAAGGGUCGGGAAGAAGAGGUGAUCAUCAUCGAGGUGGACGAGUCGCAGAGCGGGGCCGGGCCGGCGGCUGUGGUGAUCCCUCUCCUCCUACUGGUGCUGGUGGUGGUCACUCUGGGAGCCCUUUUGUUCUUCAGGAAGUACGGCACGCCCCGACGCCUCCUCUACUGCCAGAGAUCCCUCCUGGACAAGGUGUAGACAGAGCGACGACGGGGGGGGAUUGACAGACUGCCACAGAGGGACAGAAAGAGAGGGAGAGAGAACGAGGGCCGGGUGAAGAUGGAAACUUGAGAGGGGGAAGAAAUGGAAGAGGAGGAGAGAGCAACUGGAGAAAAGACAGAAGAAACGGGGGAUAGGAGGGGGACGAUGGGUGGUUUGUAUGUGCCACAAAUGAGAGAAAAAAAGGCCCUAGAAACUGAAAUCAGGAAAAUGUGUAUUUGUAUGUUAACUAUUUACAUGUACUGCUCUGCGAUCAGAGAUUAACAACAUACCCACAAUCUCACAUAGAGAAGGGAAAUAUACAAAAAGACUCAUCAACGACUUCCCUCCCUCCUCUCCUCUCUCACAUCCCAGGUAUUAAAACAAAAAAAACUCCCUUCCCCUCCUUUAACUGGACGACUCCAGCUGAACUGCUGUCUGAUUCAUUUUUAAGUUCUGUGUUUCUCUUUGGGUUUUACUCAGAAAUUCAUCAACUCUGUCAAAAGUUUUUGCUCUGAAAUACAUUUGCUGUUGUUUUUUUUUUUUAAAUUCAUUCAUUUCGACGUGACCUUUUUGCUCUUUAACCCACUGUUUUGGCAAAGUUUUGAUAUUCGGCAAUGCAGUAUUUCCUGUAUUUCUUUAUUAGUUUUAUUCUACCACUAAUUAGGGCUGGGUAUCGGAUCUCAUACUUCUUUCGUACUGCCUGAUAUGUGUCUACUGCCAGCUGAUUAGA